GGAAAUAAUUUUCAUUGCAUUGGCGGUCAUUAGGAAUAAUGCCCCUUAUAUUGGUGGGGGUCAGUGGGAAGAAUGCUCCUUACAUUGGGGGCCACUGGGAAUAAUGCUCCUUACAUUGGUGGUCAAUAGGAAGAAUGCUCCUUAUAUUGGUGGUCAGUGGGAAGAAUGCUCCUGACAUUGAUGGCCAGUGGGAAGAAUGCUCCUUACAUUGGUGGCCAGUGGGGAGAAUGCUCCUUAAAUUGAUGGGCAGUGGGAAGAAUGCUCCUUACAUUGGUGGCCAGUGGGGAGAAUGCUCCUUACAUUGAUGGGCAGUGGGAAGAAUGCUCCUUAAAUUGGUGGUCAAAAUGCCACCCUUACA